GAUUGAUAUUAUGUGAAUUUGAGUCUGCAAGUAGAGUAAUAUUCAUUAAUUAAUAAUUGAUAGGGAAUAAGAAGUUACGUUUCAUGUAUUUUGCGGAAAUGAAGGAUUAUUUUAGAAAAUUAAAUGUAUGACUGAACAGGCUUAACAUCCGUAACGCACUUUAUUGAAAUGAUCACUUUGUCAGUGCUGUUGAGGUUUCAGGGUUCUAUUAGAUAAGGGACAUCUUUCAUAAAAAAUACAGUUUUACAAAACGUGGGUUCUAAGUAAGGACUGGGUCGGCUAAUGAAGCAUAAAGACACUAACUUCCGUAACGCAUUAACUUCCGUAACAUUUUUUAUUUAAUAUGCCAGAAAUUUGUGCUAAACUGAAUGACUCCGGAUCAUACAGAAAUAAAUCAUAUAAGGUACCCUCAACCUAGGUACCGAUAAAAAUCCUGGGCAUUCAUCCCUGUCAAAUAAUUAUUACACAACUUAUUUUCACUAUCACUUUAUACAGUUGGACAAUUGCCAAUCAAAAUAAUUUCCUGGUAAUUAUAUUCGAUAUUCAAUGUUUUUUAAAGUUUCAAUAAUUCAUAUAAUAAAAUGGAAAGCAUUUGCAUCUUUCUUAGAACUUAAAAUGUCUAUUUUCCUUUGCUACGUAGUUCUUUCAAUAAUCGUUACGGAAGUUAAUACACUACACUGCUGUACUUUGCUGAGGCUGAUAGUUUGUUUUCCUUCCAAAACAGGUGUCAUGGCAUUGUCUAAUGCUGAACGGCAGAAACUGUGGAGAGAAAGGCAGAAGAGGAGAAACAAAAAAGCCUUCAUGGCCAAGGAAAGGGAGAGAAAACGCCGCUCAUACAUACCAGUCGGCAUGCUUUCCAAGAAAGAGCUAAAAGUAAGGAGAAGGGCGGUUUUGAACCGAGUGAACAAGCAUAAAAAACGCCAGAUAGAGCGUACAGAAACAAUAACAACAAGACGUCUGAUAGUUAAACUACCUGCCUUGUCUAGACGCAAGUUGGAGAAUGAGAAAACUGCAAAGAAACUGAUGAAACAACGGUCUGUAUGUCGCAGGGCUUCUGUUGAGGUUGCUAACUUGAGGAAGAGAAACAGAGAGCUUUUGAAACAAAGACAGAAAUUGAAGAAGAGAUUGGAUCGUCAGAAGAAACUCACAGAAUCCACGCGGGAACAGGUCAUCAACCAUACCAGCACUACAGAUGUUCCAGCGUCUCCGAGGGCUCAAACCCGCCUGGACUGCCAAUCUGUGGGUCAAAAAAUUCACACCAAGUUUGGAAAGAGAAUGCUUAUAGCUAACUCUGUACUGCAUCCUUUUAAGGUAGACCUGAAAUCCUGGAAAAGGAAGGCAAAACGGAAUGCAAAGCCGGCAAUGGAAGCGGUGUCAAAGCUGCUUAAGAAGUAUCGUUUGAUUUCAGCCUUCAGCAAAGCGACUAGGAAUUCAAGAAGUAAGAUCAUAAAGAUGGGUAGGGAUAGAAAGGAGAAUGCAUCCAAGACAAGGAAUAUGAAAGGAACAGUUGUUGACUUUUUGGAAAGGGAAGACAAUUCUUCACCUCUACCCGGAAAGAAGGAUUCCCACAAGGAAAAUUCUGUAAUCAAGCAGAAACGUGUUCUUCAUGAUUACAUGAAAAAUCUCCACUUGAAAUUCCUGACAGAGAAUCCAAGAUGCACCAUUUCCAGAGCUUCUUUCUGUAGACUUCGUCCACCUCAUCUUAUUUUGGCAUCAUUUGCGACGAGAAAGACAUGCCUAUGUAGUCGCCACCAAAACCUACUCCUUAAACUCAAAUGCCUCCGAAGGAACGGGAUUAAGUGCACCUUAAAUCCGGACAACUUCAUCUCUCAGAAUCAGUCUGAUGAAGGAAUGAUCGAGAACAUCGAUGCCCAACUUCCUACUUCAAUCGCAACUAUGAUUUUCAAGGAAUGGAAAAGGGUAUGCGACAAGGGCAAAUUUAGGUGGAAGGAGGUUCAGACUGAAGUGACAAGGAGGGAGUUUCUCAACUUACUUCGUGCCUCACUUCCAGACUUCCGUGCUCAUGUUGGAAGAAUUGCAAAGCAGUACAAAGAACUGAGGAAACUUCGAGAGAACCUAAAGGAAGGAGAAGUACUGGUGUGGAUGGAUUUUGCAGAAAAUUAUACAUGUUCUGCCAUGGAAGAAGUCCAAUCAGCGUACUGGAAUGCUCAGUCAGUAAGCCUACACACCAUGGUUACAUAUUUCCCUCAAAAGAAAAAUAAAGAAUGUCAGAGCUAUGUAGGUGUUUCUCAAAACACAUCCCACAAUGCCAAAACAGUGUUUACGAUUCUCAAGGCGUUCAUCCCCCUGCUGAAGAAAGAGUAUCCAUUGCUACAGAAGAUCCACUAUUUGACUGACUCCCCAACAAGCCAGUACCGAAACAAGACCAUCUUCCAGAUGUUGUGUAAUCACAAGGAACAUUUCGGUGUUGAAGGCGAAUGGAACUUUCUUGAGAGUGGGCAUGGGAAAGGUCCAUGCGAUGGUCUUGGUGGAAGCGUUAAACGCUCUGCAGACAUGGCGGUAAAGAGGGGGAAGUUUGCUAUCCAAGAUGCCUCAGACUUCAUUCGCUGGACAGAAUCUGAACAGUCAAGUAAGGUUGUGUUCUUCUCCUACACACAGGAUGACAUCAACAGAUGUUCAGAUAUCCUAUCAGAAAACCAGGCUAUCAAACCAAUUCCGGGCACAUUCAAGUUGCAUGCGGUGAAACCCGUCGGGAAACAUAGUGUGGCCGUGAGAGAAACGAGUUGCUACUGCGACAUGUGCAGAAGCGACCCUUGUACAUCACCAUGCAGUGGCUGGAAAGUCCACUCGUUACUUGACAAUACAAGAUCAAAUGUUUCAAUUGAAGCUCUUCAAAACUGUUCAGUACAAGGUCAAGAUGAGUACACUGGAAAAUCUGCAACGCCUGAUGAAUCUUCUCAGAUCCACCGUACUGUUGGUGACUGGGUGGUAGCCCGAUAUGAUGGCAAACGCUACAUUGGUCAGAUUAUCAAGGUUGACGAGGAAGAUGCCGAGAUCAACUUCAUGGAAUUCACAGGUGAAGGUAAUCGGUUUCUGAAGUGGCCAAAACGCAAGGAUAAGAUCUGGGUAGACAACAAAGACAUUCUGCAAAAUGUUCCGUCUCCAUCACCCACAAAGAAGAACAAAUGCCUGUUUUUUGUGGAAGAGCAUGUGUUCAUGGCUUUUGAAACGGAAUGAAGAACAUAUCUACCUGAAAACAUACCAGCUAUACGCACAUAAAACAUGGUUGAUGUGGAAAUCAAUGAAGUUCAUAAUGAAUCCUACUUGGUUUUAAUAAAAGUAGAAAAUACAUGUAUGUUGGUGAGAAAUAGUAUAAAAUCCAUGUGAGAAUAAAUCUGUGAUGUCUUAUGCGAGCAGCUCUUUCAUGUAUUCAUCCUCAUGGUGACAUGAAUAGAAUAUUCUUCGUAUCGAAGGGAUGUGACAUAACCUGCGUAUUACAUAAUUAUGCUCCACAAGUAUUUUUUUUUCACAAAUUUGAUCUUUUUAUCAAUGUCACAUGACAUAUGGAAGAGCUGCUCAUUUCUGACUUCACAUCAAAAUUUCAUCAAUAUUUCAUCUAUUUUAUGCUUUUAUCAAAACAAACUCAUCACCAGGUGUAACCUCCCCAAGAAGAACUGUGUUCAUUUAUGUCCAUACAACUGCCCCCGACAUAAUCGACCUAUAUCAUA